AUGCCCUCCGCCCAUACUCCCCUCCGAGUGCAAGUAGCCACCUUCAACUUCAAUCUUCAAGGCGCCAAAGACCCUUUUCCCGAUCUGCAACCUCUACUCAUCCCCACCCUCUCCGAAUCACGACGAGAGUAUAAUGCCUCUUCUCUCUCCUCUGGCAGGGAAGCACCGGACAUUUAUGCUGUGGGAUUUCAAGAGUUGCUGCCCUUGCACGAAGGAUUUGCGGAUUCGCUUGCGGCACAGGAGGUGCGAGCUCAUACGGUCAGGGAGAUCAAGCGGGCGUUGCGACCUCAUGCGGGGGUGACCAGGCCGGACGGAAUGUAUCCUCCUGGGGGUGGGCCAGAGGACUACACGCUACUGGGCGAGGCGCACCUGGUUAGCAUCUCCCUCUUUGUCUUUGGUAGGGAUCGAGCUGGAAUUCCUUCGAGGGUGAAGGAAGUGCGCACAUCGACGGCUGCUGCGGGCGUGUUCAACCUAUUGGGGAAUAAGGGUGGUGUUGGCGUUAGACUGGUAAUGCAGACGGCGCUGCAAGGCAAAGAGUCCAAUCUCACCUUGGAGGAUUCUCGCGAGGUACUCACCUUUGUCUGCGCCCAUCUUGCCGCUCAUGACCACAUGUCUCCCCGGAGGAAUGAAGACUUCAAGACGAUCGUCAGCCGAUUGGCCUUCCCACCCAGCUCUGCCCAACCUCUACCAGUCGUAUCCGACGCCGGAGCCCUCCCAAAUCUUCGUACAGGUGGGGAUACAUCAAAGUUGCAGGAGAAGUACGACGCAGAUCGAGCGACCCAGUCUGAGCGUAAGAGACUGGCAAAGCGAGGAGUACAGGCUGCUGUGGAUGGGAAAACGCACGGACUGUACGAUGCACAUCACGUCUUCUUCUUUGGUGAUCUCAACUACCGUCUUGACCUCGGUGGUGGCGCUGGCGCGGGGGAGAAGGAGCAGGGCCAGCUCACAAAGGAAGACGUCUCGAAGAAGGUGGCAAGCAAGGACUUCGCCUCGCUAGUCCCGCACGACCAGCUCACGAUCAACAAGAAGCAAGGCAAAGUAUUGCAGGGCAUGACAGAGGUGGAUCUCAAGGACGCUGCUUUUGGUCCCACGUACAAGUUCAAGCCCAUCAGAGGCAAGGCCGCUACUGCCGCUGCAGCUGGUGACGAUAAGACAAAGAACGCUGGAAAAGGAGACGAGCUAAGCCCGAAGCGGGUACCUGGAUGGCCGGAUCGGAUCCUCUGGGCUAGCGUGGGCAAGGAGAAUGAUGAGCUACAGGGUCUCAAUGUCGAGCUCUACCGGAGUAUCAUGAGUUACACAAUCUCCGACCACAAGCCUCUCACCCUCCUCGCUUCUCUCCCCUCGCUCCCCUCUUCAACUCAAGCCCUCCUGAGCAAUCGUUCCCCCUACCCCCUCUCAUCAAGCUGGCAGUCAUCCCGCACCCUCGGAAUCGCACUGGAUCGUCUCGUGGGCUACAUCUGGUCCACCCUCGUCCUGCUUGGCGCGGGUAAGCUGCUACUGGGAGCGGCAGAGGUGGCAGUACUCGCGGUGCUGGGGGCGUGGUACCUUUCUUCUGGUGCUGCUGCUGGUGGGGGAGGUGGGGAUCUGGGAUAUUGGUUGGGUAGUCUGAGUGGGAGACCUUGA